GAAAGGGCGUUGCCGCGAGCCAGGAGCGAGCCGGCUGCCGCCAUGGAGAACGGGAUGCAGCUCCUGAACCGGGACGGCCACAGCAUCUCCCACAACUCCAAGCGGCACUACCACGACGCCUUCGUCUGCAUGAACCGCAUGCGGCAACGGGGCCUCCUGUGCGACAUUGUGUUGCACGUGGCCACCAAAGAAAUCAAGGCGCACAAGGUGGUGCUGGCCUCCUGCAGCCCCUACUUCCACGCCAUGUUCACAAAUGAGAUGAGUGAGAGCCGUCAGACGCACGUCACCCUCCAUGAUAUUGAUCCGCAGGCUCUGGAGCAACUGGUCCAGUAUGCCUACACGGCUGAGAUCGUGGUGGGAGAAGGGAACGUCCAGACACUGCUUCCUGCAGCCAGCCUCCUGCAGCUGAACGGGGUGCGGGAUGCCUGCUGCAAGUUCCUCUUGAGCCAGCUGGACCCCUCCAACUGUCUGGGCAUCCGGGGUUUUGCAGACACCCACUCCUGCAGCGACCUCUUGAAAUCGGCGCAUAAGUACGUCUUGCAGCACUUUGUGGAUGUCUCCAAGACGGAAGAGUUUAUGUUGCUGCCUCUGAAACAGGUCUUAGAUCUCAUCUCCAGCGACAGCCUCAACGUGCCUUCGGAAGAGGAAGUUUACCGAGCCGUCUUGAGCUGGGUGAAGCACGAUGUGGACAGCAGGAAGCAGAAUAUUCCCCGACUCAUGAAGUGCGUCCGUCUUCCCUUGCUCAGCCGGGAUUUCCUGAUGAGCAACGUGGACACCGAAUUGCUGGUCCGCCAUCACUCGGAGUGCAAAGACUUGCUUAUCGAGGCCCUCAAGUACCACUUGAUGCCCGAGCAGAGGGCGGUCCUGAGCAACAGCCGGACCCGUCCCCGGCGCUGCGAGGGGGCCAGCAUGGUGCUCUUUGCUGUGGGCGGAGGGAGCCUUUUUGCCAUCCAUGGGGAUUGCGAAGCCUACGACACACGGACCGACCGCUGGCACAUGGUUGCCUCCAUGUCCACCCGCCGGGCCAGGGUGGGGGUGGCGGCGAUUGGGAACAAGCUCUAUGCCGUGGGCGGCUACGAUGGAACGUCUGACUUGGCCACCGUUGAGUCCUACGAUCCCGUCACCAACUCGUGGCAGACGGAGGUCUCCAUGGGGACCAGACGGAGCUGCCUUGGCGUGGCGGCCUUGCAUGGACUCCUCUAUGCUGCUGGAGGCUACGAUGGAGCUUCCUGUCUGAACAGUGCUGAAAGAUACGACCCCCUCACAGGGACCUGGACUAGCAUCACAGCUAUGAGCACGAGGAGGAGAUACGUCCGCGUGGCAACCUUAGAUGGCAACCUCUACGCUGUUGGAGGAUACGACAGCUCGUCGCACUUGGCAACCGUGGAGAAGUAUGAACCCCAGAUCAACACCUGGACACCGAUUGCCAACAUGCUGAGCCGUCGGAGUAGUGCAGGUGUGGCAGUCCUGGAAGGGAUGCUGUACGUGGCCGGAGGGAACGAUGGGACCAGCUGCCUUAACUCGGUGGAGCGCUACAAUCCCAAAACCAACACAUGGGAAAGUGUGGCCCCCAUGAACAUCCGGAGGAGCACCCACGACUUGGUGGCCAUGGAAGGCUGGCUCUACGCCGUGGGCGGGAACGACGGCAGCUCCAGCCUCAACUCCAUCGAGAAGUACAACCCGCGGACGAACAAGUGGGUGGCGGCCUCGUGCAUGUUCACCCGGCGCAGCAGCGUGGGGGUGGCCGUGCUGGAACUCCUCAACUUCCCGCCCCCGUCCUCGCCCACCCUCUCGGUAUCCUCGACGAGUCUUUGA